GCAUAGUCCGCAAAAUCACUCCCACUAGCCGGUUCGCUCGCCCAUCGCACAAUCUUUCUACCGUUCAUUAAAUCGGGCUGUUUUUUUAUAAUUUUUAUGUGAUCAGUUAAAAAGUUAAUUCAUACUAGCUAGUCUCAAAUCUUUAUUACAUUAUAUUAUAAGCACUUAAAAUUGAAUAUAUGUGUUUUUUUUGCGGUCCGUUUCUAAAUACAUGUUAAAGUGUAACCGUUCAUUAGAGUUGAAGGACAAAUUUUAUGCACGACAUAGCAAACUAUUAUGAAAAAUUUAGAUCAUACAAACAUGGAAUCUUUACCUAAGCAGUUUGUUUUAGCAAUGAGAACACUAUUCGAUAUAAUGGAUGAUAAACACACAGGGUAUGUAAAGUUAACAGAUAUAGAAAAUCGAUGGCGCGAUGACCGUACUAAAGGCCUUCCCCGUGGUGUUAUUGAAAGUCUUCAAAAGGUUGCUUCUCAUGAUGGUUUAUUAACAUUUGAAAGUUUUUGUACUGGCCUCAAAAUUUGUCUGCUACGAAACCAAGUCCAAAAUGCGUCUGGUAAAAUAAAUACAAUAAAUGAAGGUAUUGACAGUGUUGGAAUUAAUUCUCAAAUGAAUACGCAAAUUCAUCGACCUCCAUCGGCCCCAAUCAUUGAUCUAGAUAAUUCACACAAUACUAGAAAUUGGAAUUUAAUGAGAAACACUGGAAAUUCUACACAUCGAACUACUAGCAUGCCUCAAUUAAUUGAAGACAAGGAUAAUGCAUUACCAGAGCUAUUGCAAACUGGAAAAGGAACUACUGUAUCUAAGCAUGACACUUCUCAAUCUCUUAAGAUUUAUGGCCCUCCAAAGCCUCCAAGACUAGAGAAAAAUGCAAUGGAACGAAAAGAAACUUCGAGAAGUAUUUACAAAUCAGAAGAGGCGGGUUUAGAAAGUGAUGAUAUAGGAGAACCUAAAAUAGAUUUUGAAGAGAUGACGAGAUCAAUAGAAGGACAAGACCGUGGCCUCGGCGAUGGCCGAUCUGCUAAUGGAACACAACCAAAUCUACGAAAAACCUCCCGAAGACGAGAGCCUCGUCGGCAUACCUUACACAACGGUGUAGAUUAUAAUUUAUUAAAGAAAAUGAAGCAAAUUGAACAAGAAAAAGACGUUUUAUUACAGGGAUUAACCGCUGUUGAAGAAGCCAGAGAGUGGUACUUAAAACAAUUGACAGAAGUGCAAGACAAAAUGCGAUACGCAGGCAGAAUGGGCGCAUAUGUGGAGCCAUGGAAUGAAGCACAUCAAGAGCGCUUAGAAUUACUACGUGCGCGAAUCUUAGAACUUAAUCGACAACUUGGAGCGCUGGCAGCUGGGUGGCGCCACGGACCACUCUCAUUACACAUGAAUCUUGCUUUGCCAACAUCAUUAAACACUUUACCAACACCUAAUAAUGCAGCUGUUCUACGAUCUCAAAAUCGAAUGCUAGCAGAGGAAGUCAACCGUAAAAAUGAAAGAAUAUCAGUCUUAGAGAGAGAAAAAUCUGCGCUGAUAAGAGAACUAUUACUACAAAGAAAUAGAACAAAAUUAUUGGAUAACUUUACAUAACAAUUACUUUUAAAAUAUUUUUAUUAAUUUGUGAUGUUGAAGGUUUAA